AUGGCUUCAAUUAAGCUAUCGAAUAUGCUACCACCACUUCCAGCAAGCCUCAGAUCAAUCUCAUCUUACAUCCAACGCGCAGAAGAGCUGAGGACGAAGGAUCCAGUAAUGGCCUAUUGGUGCACAUACUAUGCAGCUCAGCUCGGCCUGGACCUGAAGUCGCACGAGACUGGUGCCCGAGAUUACUUGUUUGCGUUGAUCACCUUUCUCGAAGAGAUGAAGAAAGACCUUGGUGCAAAUGACGCUAUUGAGCAUGAAGCUGCUGGUGCCGCUUACGUGGAGAACUUUGCUCUCAAAGUCUUUGCUUUAGCGGAUAAUGAAGAUCGAAGAGGGGAUGCGUCUCGCUCAACAGCAAAGAAAUUCCUUGCCGCGGCCAACUUCUUAGAGCUUUUGCGGGUAUUUGAAAAAACUAACAACGCUGAAGUCAAUAAUGAGAAGAUACGAUACGCAAAAUGGAAGGCGUCAGACAUUGCGAAAGCCUUCCGAGAGGGUCGUAAGCCUACUCCCGGACCCGCAGGGCAUGAAUCAGAGGUCAUUUUGGACGGCAAUUCUUCCAAUGCUGAUACACCAAGUAUCAGAACUCCUGCAGAUCGCUCUCCUGUUGGCGCCCCGGCUGCUGCACUAUCACCGGAUAGCGCUUCGCAGAUUGUGCCUCCACCACAAACACCUCCCACAUUGAACAAGUUCCCUGGCCCCGUUGACGUUCCACGCGCUGAAAUUUCGAGCUCUGGAUCCUGGAGUACUGUGGCAACGCCUGGAUCGGAAGCCGUCGGUCCGUCAUCGGCAACUAGACUGGCGUUUACGAGUGCUCUCAACAGGUGGAAAGGCCAGGCUGACGUGGAUACAUCGACUACUUCGUUUCCACCAAAUAGCCAAGGAAAUAUAGGCAAUCAAGGGCGUGAUACAGCUCCUACUGAUACACUUUCCAGAAAGGUUCAUUUUUCUCCUUCUGUAGUCGGUGGCCUGUCCUCGACGGACGGUUCACCCCCUCCUUCGCCUACCUUCAAUCAAAAUGUUCCGAUAAAUGUUCCUCCUCGGACUGAUUACGUGCCUGCAGCGCAGGCUCAAAGUGGCUUUGGUUUUAGGGGAAUAGAUCCCGCAAUGGCGCCUUUGCCUGAUUCAUCUCCAUCUGGGUCAUCUCGUGCAAGUCUCGAGGGGUCACCGCCUCAAGGUGCCUAUACGCCUGUUGGGAGACCACGAUCAGGCUCCUCACCGCCUGUGAACUCGUUGGUGAAGCCGGGAAGCUCCCCGCCAGGUGCGGGUGGAGCAAACCGUGGCUCGCCGCCUAGCUCCAGGCGACUUUCGUUGCAGUCUUCAGCCCCUCCACCACCACCAGUAGCUCCAUCACCAUAUAGUCAUGGAAGGGAUAGACGAUCCAGUAUUUCAAACCGAACUUCCCCACCUAGCACGAACGGUCCUCAUACGUAUCCUUCGUACCCUCAACCGCCGAAUGCGGUUAAUCACACACCUACUUCGACAUACUCUUCCCCGGCUGCCCUCGGAACCGGCAGGACUAAUGGCUCGCCAGUUCGAGCUCCGGUGUCCGGACUCCCACCAGUCACUUCAGGACAAACGAUGGCCAGCCCUUAUGUUACUGCAAACUACACGCAGAAAGCACCUUCUCCCCCGACUCGUUACACGGCUCCCGCCCCAGACCCGUCCCCGCCUGUUGAAUUGAGUCCUGCGUUGAUUGCUAAAGCGCAGAAACAUUGUCGCUAUGCGAUUUCAGCGCUUGAGUAUGAAGACGCCGAGCAGGCUCGCAAGGAGUUGCACGCAGCGCUAGCAGUACUUGGUGAGCGGUAGAGCGAGAGUAGCAGAGUCGCUUUCGAUUCACUCAUUCUCUUUGCAUUCACGUUUUGUUUCAUCACGCCUGUGUUUUUGUCGCUUUUAAUUUCAGCACGACUUGCCUUGUAUCAAGUACAUGUUAUUCACGCCUGCAUUAUCACGCUACUUACACAUUAUGUUGUUCAUUUAUUUCGUAUUUUGAAU